AUGCGGCCGAGCCAGGGAGAGACGGCCACUCUUCUGGAUGGUAAAACCGCACACACACCCCUCAGUGCACCAGCCUUCCUCCUCCCCCCCUCCCCCCCCGCACUCGACAUCCACAAUUACCAGCAGAGACAGCAGUACAAGCCUGACCCUGACAAGCAAGGCUGCAACCUCCUACAAGGCGCACCUAAAAUGGCGGCCGGCAGCGGGAUAUGCGGGAAGGCCAUGCGACCGACACAACCGCGCUGGAGAGACCCACUGCAGAGCUUAGAG